GGCGGGCUCAGUCCUCGGCGGGGCGCGCGGCGGGCGGACUCGGCUGCGGACAUGGCCCGGGGCCUGCGCGGCCUCCCGCGGCGCGGCCUCUGGCUGCUCCUGGCGAGCCACCUCUUCAUGGCCACCGCCUGCCAGGACGCCACCUUCAGCACCCUCCUCCACGAGCUCUGCCUCGCCCAGUUCCAGGUGGACAUGGAGGCCGUCGGGAGGCCGCUGUGGUGCGACUGGGGCAAGACCAUCGGGAGCUACAAAGAGCUCUCGGACUGCACCAGGCAUGUGGCACAAAAGCUGGACUGCUUCUGGCCAAACGCGGCGGUGGACAUGUUCUUCCUCUCCGUCCACCGGCACUACUUCAGAAGCUGCCCCGUCUCAGGCAGGGCCUUGCAGGACCCGCCCAGCAGUGUCCUCUGCCCCUUCAUCGUGGUGCCCAUCCUGGUGACCCUGCUCGUGACGGCACUGGUGGUCUGGAGGAGCAGGCGCCCGGAGGGCAUCAUGUAGGCUGGGGGCGGGGAGGGCUGCCCGAUCAUGGAGGCUGCCGAGCAGGCCAGAGGGUGGGCACGGGGGCCGAGCCCGGCCAAGGCUUCUGGUACUCCAGCGGCAGAGCAGACCCCCGGUCCCCUCUUCUUCUACCCAAGAAGAGCUCACAGCAGGAUUUUGGAGUGGUCACGGCACAGGCAUUGACCUAGAAGCCACCCUAGGAAGGGCAGCCCAGGUGCUGGGAGGGAGCGGGGCGUAGCUGUCAGCGUUUCUGGGGAGGGUUCUGAGCUGUCUCCCAAGGUGUUUAUGAACCACCCCCUGGCUCGAUUAUGGAUAAGUAGUUUGUGAUUAAAGGAUGUCCUUGAA